GCAACUGUAUCUGCAUCUAUUUUUUCUGUUGAGUCCUUGGAAAUAACAAGUGGAUUAGAUAUUCGAUCAGGCUUGGAUUUCUUUGUUUUUGUUCACUUAUUUGGUUAUGCUGAUUCUAUUGCAAAGCAAUGGCUUGAAGAGUCUACUGAUACAUUGUUUAAAG